AUGCAUGGUUGUUUAACUCUGAUUGACUAUACCUGGAAGGAGAGUGAUGAAAGCGAGUGCACAUCACCACAGCAUGGCCAAGUCACGCAUACCAAGCGUCGAUUGGAGAGAAAUGCUCUUAGAUUUAGGAGAGCUACAACGCUUGCUACUUGUGAGUAUCGUAGUAGAAAAUUCGGAAAGAGUGAUAGGAGGAUAACGAGCCCAGCUGAAAGAGCUAGUGUGCGAAGAACAAAUACGGUAAAUGAUGUUUAUCCACCUAGACAGGCUCCGACAUAUGCGUCAUGGGUUCGAAUGCAAAGACCCGAAUUUGCUUCUGUCUGGUAUCCCUUUGUUCAUUGCCGCUACCAACUUCAAAGAGAUCCAAAUACGGGUGUAAUUCAGUGGAAUUCGGAAUUAAACCCAAUUUGCUGCACUCCCAGGACAUUGACAGAAAUUUGUAUAGCUUACAUGAUACGGGACUGGCCCUGUAAUCUGCCGACAAGGAGCCAGCAGAGGUCUGAUGCCCCUUCAGACAUUUGUCCCUUUCUAAAAGACAGUCUAUCGGCUCCAUGGUUUGAGCAUAAGCAUCUUUCAAUUAACUUAUUCGAGAAAAUUUUAACUGAGGCUAUUGUACAACGAGACUGUGCAGCCAUCUCCGGUAUUAUUGCCAACUGGCCCGGUACUUACUUGAAUGUAAGGCGAGUCUUACCCAAAGAGGACUUUCCAUUAACGAGAGGCUAUCUCACAAAACCCGUUUUUGUCACCACGACUUCCGACUCUCUGGAUCCCAUGACUAACACUAUCUUAAAAGGUCCUAGUCUCCUGGAUGCUCUUAUUAUCGGAAUUCUCUCAAGGCAAAAAAGUAGUGAACUUCAGGUGGUUGACGUCAGCGGAUUCGAAGAGGGUACGUCAGAUACAUUUUACUUUUGUCGAUGA